AUGGCUGACGAUUCAUCAGCAGCUAAUAAUGCGGGUGCAACGACAAGUAACAAUCAAGGUGAACACAUUCAGGUUAAAGUAAGAUCACCUGAUGGAGCAGAGGUUUUUUUUAAAAUAAAAAGAAAGACGAAACUUGAGAAGCUAAUGGAAGUAUACUGUAACCGCCUUGGACAGUCAAUGGAAGCAGUUCGAUUUUUAUAUGACGGGGAUAGGAUACAUGGAGAUAACACACCUGAUCAAUUAGGAAUAGAAGAUGGAGAUGUUAUUGAUGCAAUGGUUCAACAAACGGGAGGAAGUUUUUAA